AUGGCUGACUUGGAGUUACAUCCACUACUCACUGUGGAGGGUGCAGUCACUGAAGAGGAUGCCAGGCUUGACGGCUCGCAGUACCACACCUUCAUUUCAAGGUUCAAGGAGCACGAGGGUGAAGCAGCAUUGCAGAUUCAGAAGCAUCCAGAUGAGGCACGUCCAGGCGUCCGGGCAGGAGAAGAAGUUCCAAGUGGCCUGAGGGUGUGGAACGAUGCAAGCACCCGCAGAAGUGCCAUGAAGAAUGGAGCUGGAUGGAUUUGUGAAGUGAAGAUAGGAGCGAAGACCAGGAGCAGAUGGUUCAAUGUGCGGACCUGGGGAAGUUGGCGCCUAGCAUUUGUGCUGGCAAAAUUGCAGCGGAUGGUUUGGGAAAAAGAAGAGUGCCAACCUCCAGUGCAAGGCGAGCGGCCGAAGCCAGUUGCAGUUCGGCCCAGACCUGAAGAUGUCCAGCCCAAACCUGCCCAGCGCAGGAGGCUUACAGCUGCUGGUGACAUUGCAGCAGCACCCGCUGAGGCGCGCCCCGCGGUGGUCCCUUCGGCACCAGCACCUGUGCCCGCACGCACACCGGAGGUGAAUGCCGCCAGCAGCAUGAAACGACCCAGGGAUGAGGCGACCGCAGAGGAGCCGCUGGAGCCAGCCCGUCAGCGUUUCGCCGAAGCUGAACGACCGCAGACCAAAGCUCUGAAGAGAGCUACAACCCCGGGUGGUGGCAGCGGGGCUGCGGCUGCGAGCUCUCGCCCACGCUGGCGGCAGUGCUUGGAUCGUUCGGGUGGCAUUGCCAAAGGCCAGGUGAGAAAGUUCAUCGAUUGCAUGGAUUCAGCCCUGGACCUAGAGACAAAGAAUGGCAUGAUCGAAGCCCUUCGCCUCACUGAGCCCAGUCCGAGUCGGCUCCUUCGCUUCGUGAACCAGGGCGGCAUCACGAAGCUUGUCUUUUGGCUUGAGCGUGCUUUGGCGGAGCAUGGCGCGGCGGUGCACCAUUUCAUUGCGAACACGUUGAAAUCAAUGCAGGUUGUGUUAGUGCCCGGGCGGAUUGACAAGCAGAAGAUCGGAGAAAACGCUGUGAAGCACCUCUUGGUUAUCUUCAGGCAGGCGAAGCAGAGAAUUCAGGCCCCGAGCCGACUUCAAAUGCGAGCAGUGAAAGCCACGGCGACAAAGGCUGCUCCAGCAAAGACUGUGACGAAGGCAGUUUUGCCAGUACCUUUCGCCCCACCUGACGCGCAGGCAUCACCUCAGCCAAAGACACCACCCCUAAUGACACCAGAAUCACCAGCAGAAUCACCAGCAGAACCACCAGCAGAACCACCACCAGAGAGCGCACCAUCCUCCAAGACAGCACCAGCAAGAGCACUGCCUCAGUUGAAGACAACCCCAUCACUGCUCUCCGGUCCCAUACUGAUUCCCUCGCUGGCUCCACGACCCAAAGUGCGGUCCAAACCGGAGCUCAGAGCAAAGCCAUCCGCCAAGCCCUCUGAGAUCGUAGAUUUGUCGGAAGCCACAACCAAAGGCACGCCUGGUAAGCCCCAACACGGUCAGAGUGCACCCAAAUCCACAGAGCUGAUAGCCGACGAGGAGGAGGUUCCAGUUUUCUGUGCACCCCUUGAUGGCCGACCAGAACCAGCCACCCCGAAGGCUGUUGGUGUUGGGGUUGAGACGGAAGAUGUGGAUCAAAAGAUGGAGAGCAAGCCCGAACAUGCAGCCACAGAAGAACCAGAAUAUACAGCGAUGUUAGUUGAGAACCAAGUCUUCACAGAAGAUGUUCCCCGGCCUUCGGUUCGUUUGGCCAAAGGUGUUCAUAUCCCUCCCCCGAAACUCACACCAGCAAAAAGCCGGGGAAUCUUCAGACCAUUGACAUGGCCAAAGGCGGGGCCGUCGAAGCCAAAGCCUUUACCCUUCCCACUGGGAAUCCGAGCAGGGCGCCCUGCUCAGCCCGCGCCCUUCAUACUGGCUGCGGGGAAACCAAGGCCGUUGCCCUUUCCCAUUAUACCCAAAUUGCUGCCUGUUACCGUCCCUCCGGAGAAGGCAAAGCCCAGCGUGUCUGCAUACCCAAGCGGGCGAGUGGCAAGCCCAAGCAUCAGGAUGGAUGAGCCGAGCGAGUUCGAGGUGAAGGACCAACCUACUAGCGAUGGCCACCAACCUAGCAAGGAAGACGAGGUCAAGGAGGAUGAGCUCAAGGAGGAUGAUGCGAAAGACGAGUCUGCACCUGAGAUGUGUACUGCAGAGCCCUUCAUGGAAGCAGAGGAGUUCCCCAUCAAAGCACAGUUGGACCCACCCACAGCGGAGGAGUCGUUGCGAGCAGUGACCCCGAAGGUAGCAGCUGCCCGGCCAAAACAUGCACACCUAAAGGUGCCGCUACCAGAAGCUGCAGCUGCGGCGGUCAAAGAGCCAACCCAGGUUGAGAGGCAUUUGGAAGCUCACGACGAUGGGUCUCAAGAGGAAAUGGCUCAACAAGAAGCCUGGUGGUGGUGGCAGCAACAGCAAGAUUUGGCAGAAGCUGCAGGUCAUGAGAAGGGACAGUGGAGUGAGUGGAGCCAAGAAACCCGGGAGGAAGAUGAAAUCGAAUUCACAGAUCCCCACCUGGACCUCCCCACACCCCACUCUUCAGAGUUGGAUGAGUUGGAAGCUCAGAUUUCGGUCGAAGCUGAGCGAGUCCAAAAGCUGGAGCAGAACCUCAUGAUACCAAGCCCAGCCGAUGGUGCUGACAGUGACACUGAAGAGGAAAGCCCCAACGAAGCGCAGGGAUCGCAAGAUCACCUUCAGACUGAAGCUACUGAAGGUGCUGGGGCCCUGGAGGUGAUCCAGCGCUUAGGCAUCUCUGCCGAAAACCUUUUGGUAGCUCCUGCCACGCCACCCAUGCCGAAGGCCACCGCAGCUCCAAGGACCCCACCACUAGCGCCUGAAGGGCUGAAGUCAUCACUCUUUGAUCAGUUCAUGACUGCUCCAGUCACACCUCCCAGGGCACGAGAUCCAAAGUCGCCCAAGUCCAAACGAGCGAUUGGAGCCAGCCCUCAAGUUAUCCCGACCUCUGACUCCGAUUGGUCUGAGAACGUCGCGGAGAAGGAUGUGACCAUGUUUGCCAGUUCGUUAGAGGAACUGGUGCAACAGAGUCCAACUAUUCCGGUGAAGGUGCAGCAAGAUGACGAUGGACUCAGACAGGCUUUAGUGAAAGCUCUUCUCAGCCUCAGCUCGCAGCUUGGCUGA